UGCAGGAUGCUGGUGGGCGCCAGGCUCCAGCGGCGGCGGCGGCAGCUGCAGCAGCAGCCCCGGCGGCGGCAGCCUCUCCUCUGGCCGAUGAAUGCAGACCCGCCGCCGCCGCCGCCGCCCUGGGUUUGGAUGGUUCCCGGCUCGGCCGGGCUGCUCCGGCUGGGCGCCGGGGUCGCGCCCCCGCCCGUGCUGCUCGCCUCGGCGCAGCCCCCCGCCGGCCCGCUGCUCCCGGGGCUGCCCGGCUGGCAAGCCCCCGGCGAGCCCCUGCUGCCGCUGCUGCCGCUGCCCUCUGCGCCAGACCACGCCGCCGCCGCCGCCUCCGUGCACCACUACCCCUUGCUCCACGGGCAGUGGCUGUGCGGUGGCUAUUCUCCGUCCAUAGGACUCUCUCCCUCUCCCACUGUGGAGUUGGUGCCCGUUUUCCCACACGUCUGCCCGUCUGCCCUUCCACCUCCUGUUGGGAAAAGUUGGAUAGAAAAAAGGAUACCCAAUUGUAAGAUCUUUUUUAAUAAUUCCUUUGCUCUGGACUCAACGUGGAUAUAUCCUGAGGAGUCAAGGUUGUUCCGUGGGCAUGAAAAGCCUCAUCUGUUGGCGAACCAAGUCGCCCUGUCUCUAUCCAGACCAGCUCCUGCCUCCUGGUCUCUUCCCACGGGGCUGUUAGCACCUCCGCUAAUACCAGGUGGUUGUCACAACAGCCUGAAGCCUGUCGGCAGCGCCCCCGGCAUUGCCAUCACCGCCACGGCUGCCAUGGUGUCUGUGGACCCAGAGGGACUUGGGGGCCCAUCCCCCUCCAGCGUGCAGCCCUGCCACUUCCUGACCUUGGCGCCCAUCAAGAUACCCCUGAGGACCACCCCCUUCUCCGACAGAAGCAGAGAGCACAGCCGAGCGCCCGGCCCCCCCGCCCUCAUGCUGCACGCCGAGAGGAAGAGCCCAGCCGGGCCCGGGGAAGACAAGGAACCACCAUCCAUACUAGUCACCAGAGAGGACAGUGCAGCCGAAGGAAACAGACCCGUGGCCUCCACGCCAGUGCCUGGCUCCCCCUGGUGUGUGGUCUGGACGGGCGACGACCGGGUUUUCUUCUUCAACCCGACGAUGCAGCUGUCCGUGUGGGAGAAGCCCCUGGACCUGAAGAACCGCGGGGACCUGAACAGGAUCAUCGAGGACCCGCCCCACAAGCGCAAGCUGGAGGCGCCCACACCCGACCACAGCGACGGGUCUCAGUCUGAGGACGGCAGGGGAGACCGGAACCUGAGGACCAAGAGGAACCGGACAGAAGGCCAUGGGAGUCCUGGGCCGGAGGAGACAGAAGGACAGGACAAGGGUGCCGGGACGCCGCCGCCCCAGAUCCUCCUGCCGCUGGAGGAGCGGGUGACCCACUUCCGAGACAUGCUGCUGGAGCGAGGGGUGUCCGCGUUUUCUACCUGGGAGAAGGAGUUACAUAAAAUCGUGUUUGAUCCGCGCUACCUCCUGCUGAACUCGGAGGAGCGGAAGCAGAUAUUUGAACAGUUCGUCAAGACAAGGAUAAAAGAAGAAUACAAGGAGAAGAAAAGCAAACUGCUGCUCGCCAAAGAAGAAUUCAAAAAGCUUCUGGAGGAGUCUAAGGUGUCACCCAGAACCACAUUUAAGGAGUUUGCGGAGAAGUACGGCCGGGAUCAAAGGUUUCGACUUGUUCAAAAGAAGAAGGACCAGGAGCAUUUUUUCAACCAGUUCAUCCUUAUCCUUAAGAAACGGGACAAGGAAAACAGACUCAGGCUACGGAGAAUGAGAUGAGUGUGCAAGCGGCGCGGCGGGCCAGGUGCGGGGCGGCGCGGGGCGCGGGCGCGGCUGCUCUCCGAGGGUUACUGUUUCAUAUUGAAGCUCUUUUGUACGACGUUCCGAGUUUGACGCAUUUCUAACCGCCGUGGUAGGUCGCUCCCUUAAUCGUUUUAAUUAUGCAAAUUCCUUGUAAUAUAUACAAAUUAUAAAUCUGCUGCGGGUUGUAACUCAGCAGAAACAUCUAUAACCGUCUCCAGGCGUUUUCAUGAGUUGAGCCGAUUAUCUGAAACUUUUCUGAAAACCUUCGUGCGUCCGCGAUGCCGAGCUCCUUCCGCGAGUGUGCUGGGUCUCGGUCCCGUGUUCUGAGUAGUAGCCGUAGGACAUUCAUCACCAAUCAUAGUGACGACCGUGAGCAUCUCUGCACGUGGACCCUGGACCCCUGCAGGAGUCGACGGGCAUCGCCUCGUGCCCGAGGGGGUGCCGGGCCCGGAGAGGGCGGCUGCGCUGCCGGAGGUCCUACUUAAAAUGGAAUUAUUUUGUACAAAAUCAUCAUAUUAAUAUUUGAGUUAUUUUUAUUGUAAUGCCCAGAGUUUGCAUGAGAUUUUUCUCAUCAUCUUUGUAUAAAAAGAAUUUUAAAUUUUUUUUAAU